CAGCAGUGGGACUUGGACAAUGUUGCCCUGUAAGAAGAGAAGGACUACGGUGACAGAGUCCCCACAGCACCAGGGCAAUCAGGAGGAAGGGGACCUAGACCUGGAGUCAGCUGUUAAGUCGUCGUCUGACCAGGUGAAAGACUUGGGGUCAGCGUCACUCUCUGGGAGUCCGAGUCAUGGCAGAGCAGCUGGCCUCCAAAUAGAGUCCGUGGAGGAUGCUGGAAAUCAGCUUGGUGUGGAGGAUCCGUCUUUGAGCUCUAGGGUGCUCACCCAGGACACAAAUGCACCAGUUUUAGAAGCUGUUGAUGUGGCCAUCUCUCAGGGAAUCACCCUACCUUCCUUGGAGUCUUCGCAGCCCCUUAAUGUACACAUUGGUAAAGGAAAAGUCCAGGCCACUGGCUCAAGGAGAGGGAAGAAGAUGACACUCAGGCCCGGGCUUGUUCCCCAAGAAGACAGAGGUGAUCAUCCUAUUACAAAGGAGCCUUUUUCAGGAGAGCCUAGUGAAGAAGUCAAGGAAGAAGGAGGAAAACCUCAGUUGCACUCUGGAGGGGCGAUACCUUUGCUGCCGUUAGGCAGCCACUCUGCAAAACCAGGAGCCCCGCCUGGGAAACCCCCUCAGCCAGGUGUCUGUGCAUGUCCUCAGGAAAAGCCAUUCGGGACCCUGGCUCCGCAAGCUGAGGAUGAGACAGAGGACGGUGGACUCUUCAUUCCGAUGGAAGAACAAGGCGGUGAAGAAAGUGAGAAAAGGCGAAAAAAGAGAAAGGGCACCAAGAGGAAGCGGGACGGACGGGGUCCAGAGGGAGGGGCGUGGGCUUGCGACCUGAAGCUGGACGACGCGCUGGACCGCACGCUGGAGGACGGCGCCAAGCAGCACAACCUGACUGCGGUCAACGUGCGCAACAUCCUCCACGAAGUAAUCACAAAUGAGCAUGUGGUAGCUAUGAUGAAAGCAGCCAUCAGUGAGACGGAAGACAUGCCAAUGUUUGAGCCCAAAAUGACACGCUCUAAACUGAAGGAAGUGGUGGAAAAAGGAGUGGUAAUUCCAACGUGGAAUAUUUCACCAAUUAAGAAGGCCAAUGAAAUUAAGCCCCCCCAGUUCGUGGACAUCCACCUGGAAGAUGAUGACUCCUCAGAUGAGGAGUACCAGCCGGACGACGAGGAGGAGGACGAGACGGCUGAAGAGAGUUUGUUGGAAAGUGAUGUUGAAAGCACCGCUUCAUCUCCACGGGGCGCGAAGAAGUCCAGGUUGAGGCAGUCUUCCGAGAUGACCGAGACUGAUGAGGAGGGUGGCCUGCUGUCAGAGGCUGAGAAAGUCACCACACCUGCCGUCAGGCACAUCAGUGCUGAGGUAGUGCCCAUGGGGCCCCCGCCCCCCCCAAAGCCCAAGCAGACCAGGGACAGUACUUUCAUGGAGAAGUUGCAUGCAGUAGAUGAGGAGCUGGCUUCCAGUCCCGUCUGCAUGGACUCUUUCCAGCCCAUGGACGACAGCCUCAUUGCCUUCCGCACCCGCUCCAAGAUGCCCCUGAAAGACAUUCCCCUGGGGCAGCUAGAGGCGGCGCUGCGGGCUCCGGACAUCACCCCAGACAUGUAUGACCCCAAUACAGCUGACGACGAGGACUGGAAGGUGUGGCUAGGGGGGCUCAUGAAUGAUGAUGUGGGAAAUGAGGAUGAGGCUGAUGACGAUGACGAUCCAGAAUAUAACUUCCUGGAAGACCUUGAUGAACCCGACACAGAGGAUUUCCGCACUGACCGGGCCGUGAGGAUCACCAAGAAGGAGGUGAAUGAGCUGAUGGAGGAACUGUUUGAAACUUUCCAAGACGAGAUGGGACUCUCCCACGUGGAGGAUGACGGCCCGGAGGAGGAGGACCGCGCGGCUGAACCCCGGCCUAGCUUCAACACCCCUCAGGCCCUGCGGUUUGAGGAACCACUGGCCAACUUGCUGAAUGAGCAGCACCGCACAGUGAAGGAGCAGCUUGAGCAGCUGAAGAUGAAGAAAUCCUCAGGCAGACAGCAGCAGGAGGUGGAGAGGGUGAAGCCCCAGACUGAGAAGGUUCAUCAGACGCUGACUCUAGACCCACCACAGAGGAGGCGCCUCCAGCAGCAGAUGCAGCAGCAUGUUCAGCUCUUGACGCAAAUUCACCUUCUCGCCUCCUCCAACCCCAACCUCAAUUCGGAGGCCAGUACCACCAGGAUAUUUCUUAAAGAGCUGGGCACCUUCGCUCAGAGCUCUGUCGCACUCCACCAGUCCAUUCCCGGCUUCCAGACCUUGUUUCAGCCCUGCAACCUGCUGGGGGCAAUGCAGCUCGUUGAAGACUUCAACACGCACGUCAGCAUCGACUGGAGUCCUCGCAAAACUGUCAAGAAGACUGCAGACGAAUUUCCCUGUUUGCCAAAACAAGUGGCUUGGAUCCUGGCCACAAGCAAGGUGUUCAUGUACCCGGAGCUACUUCCAGUGUGUUCUCUGAAGGCGAAGAACCCCCAGGAUAAGAUUUUCUUCACCAAGGCCGAGGACAAUUUGUUGGCUUUAGGGCUAAAGCACUUUGAAGGGACCAAGUUUCCUAAGCUGCUGAUCAGCAAGUACCUCCUCACCUGCAAGACCGCCCACCAACUGACAGUGAGGAUCAAGAACCUCAACAUGAACAGAGCGCCUGACAACAUCAUCAAAUUUUAUAAGAAGACCAAACAGUUGCCCGUCUUGGUGAAAUGCUGUGAAGAGAUCCAGCCCCAUCAGUGGAAGCCACCUGUCGAGAGGGAAGAGCACCGGCUUCCGUUCUGGUUAAAGGCCAGCCUGCCAUCCAUCCAGGAGGAACUGUGGCGCAUAGCGGACGGCGCCAGAGGGGUAGGAAGUGUGACUGGAACCGCUGAGGGCAGCUCAGAGCCAGGCCUGGGAAAAGGCAGCUCGGAAUUGGGCAGUGAAACUCUGUACCCACUGCUGUUGCCCAAGGGUGUAGUCCUGAAACUGAAGCCAGUGGCCAACUGUUUCUCCAGGAAGGCCUGGAGACAGAAGCGGCCAUCAGUCCUGAAGCCCUUGCUAAUCAGACCCAGCCCCUCUGUCCAGCCCAGCUCCACCUCUGGGAAAACACCAGCUAGGUCAACUCUGUCCGAAGCCCCUCCGAGCAAAAUGGUGGUCCGGAUUCCUCACGCGAUCCAGCCAGCCGCUGUCUUGCAGACGGUGCCCGGCGUCCCUCCACUGGGGGUCACGGCGGGGGACAGUUGUGAGUCUCCGGCAGCACUGCCUCCCACAGCCCCCGAGGCCAGGACCAGCUUCCCUCUGUCUGAGCCCCAGACCCUGCUCUCCUCUGCCCCUGUGCCCAAGGUAAUGCUGCCCUCACUUGCCCCUUCCAAGUUUCGAAAGCCGUGUGCGAAGCCAAGAGCCUCCAAGAGAAAGGGGGCCACGGCCUCUCUCCGUCUGGAGCCCGCCUCCCUCCUCCACCCGCUCCCCGUUAUCUUCACCGUGCCCGCCGCCACGGUGAAGGUUGUCAGCCUCGGCAGUGGCUGCAACGUGAUCCAGCCCGUCAGCGCAGCCGUGGCCCAGACUCCUCAGACCAUCCCCAUCACCACCCUCCUGGUGAACCCCACUUCCUUCCCCUGCCCAUUGAACCAGCCCCUUGUGGCCUCCUCUCUCCCACCCCUGAUUGUUUCCAGCAACUCUGUGAGUCUUCCUGUUCCCUCCGCCCCUGAAGACAAGGCCCAAGUGAAUGUGGACAUUGCUUGUCCUUUGGUUGAAGGGAAAAAUGCCUUUCAAGGCCUAGAACCCAAAUUAGAACCCCAGGAACUAUCUCCUCUCUGUGCUCCUGUCUUCCCCAAAGAGGAGCACAGCCCAGGGCCCCCAGCAGCAGAUCACGUGUGCCAGGAAGAGCAGCCAGAGAACAGUGCCUGUGGCUGGACUCUGGUGAAGGCCGAGGAUGGGAGGCAGGCUCUGGAGCCGCUGCCUCCAGGGGACUUGCAGGAAAUGGUCAAGAUGGAACCUCAGGACCCGGGGGAGGACGACUCCAGUGGGUCCCCAGGGCAGGACACCUGUGAAGACAGCAGAGAGGAACGUUCUGUGGCAUUGGACGCUGGCUUCCCAGGUGAGGAGCCGAGUGGUCCUAGUGAGCUAAGGAGACAGCCAGCCUUCCAGCAGGAGGACGACAGAAGUGAGCUGGCUAGAACCUCGUCAGCUUCUCGGGAACCUCGGGAUGAGGGAGACUCCGGAGAUGUGAGCAGAGGGUCUCCCAAGAUGGCUUCUUCCUGCGCCGACCCUGAAGUGCGCAGCAGCCCCCCAGGCAAGUCUGAGGACCUGGCCAGCGCCGUCGGCCAGGCGCCGGGGGUCCCAGCUGGGCCGGAAGCUGGGGGCGAGAAGGACGGGCCGGAGGAGGAGGAAGAGGAGGACUUUGACGACCUGACCCAAGAUGAGGAGGAUGAGAUGUCCUCAGCCUCUGAGGAGUCUGUGCUCUCGGUCCCGGAACUCCAGGAAACGAUGGAGAAGCUGACCUGGCUGGCCUCUGAGCGGCGCGCGGGCCAGGAGGGCGAGUCCGAGGACGAGAACUCGCAGGAGGAGAACUCUGAGCCUGAAGAAGAAGAGGAAGAAGAGGCAGAAGGAAUGGAGAGCCUGCAGAAGGAGGACGAAAUGACGGACGAAGCCGUCGGAGACCCUGCUGAGAAGCCGCCGGCCACCUUCGCCUCGCCUGGGACUGCUCCGGAAGCGGAGGCCAGCAGCGCCCCGCCAGGAGAGAGCGGCCGAGCUGCUGGGAAGGGCCGGGGCAGUCAGCGAGUUCGCAGCAAGCGGGGAAGCCGGGCCCGGGCCAGCAAGGACACGUCCAAGCUGCUGCUGCUGUAUGACGAGGACAUUCUCGAGCGGGACCCCCUCAGGGAGCAGAAGGAUUUGGCCUUUGCUCAGGCUUACCUGACCAGGGUACGAGAAGCACUGCAGCAUAUCCCUGGCAAGUAUGAGGACUUCCUGCAGGUCAUCUAUGAGUUCGAGUCCAGCACUCAGAGGCAGACAGCUGUGGAUCUCUACAGAAGCCUGCAGGUUCUGCUCCAGGACUGGCCUCAGCUGCUGAAGGAUUUCGCUGCUUUCCUGCUGCCCGAGCAGGCUCUGGCCUGCGGAUUAUUUGAGGAACAGCAGGCGUUUGAGAAGAGCCGCAAGUUUCUCCGGCAGCUGGAGAUUUGCUUUGCAGAGAACCCCUCGCACCACCAGAAGAUCAUCAGGGUCCUCCAGAGCUGUGCGGACUGCCUGCCGCAGGAGAUCACGGAGCUCAAGACGCAGAUGUGGCAGCUUCUGAAGGGCCACGACCACCUGCAGGACGAGUUCUCCGUCUUCUUUGACCACCUGCGCCCAGCGGCCAGCCGGAUGGGGGACUUUGAAGAGAUCAACUGGACCGAGGAGAAGGAGUACGAGUUUGACGGCUUUGAAGAAGUGGCACUGCCCGAUGUGGAGGAGGAAGAGGAGCCCCCCAAGAUACCCACGGCCUCCAAGAGCAAAAGAAGAAAAGAGAUUGGGGCCCAAAAUCAUGACAAGGAGGCUGAGUGGCCGGAUGGAGCCAAGGACUGUGCCUGCUCCUGCCAUGAAGGAGGCCCUGACUCCAGGCUGAAGAAGAGCAAGAGAAGAAGCUGCGGCCACUGUGGCAGCAGGGUCUGUGACAGCAAGUCCUACAAGAGCAAGGAGCCCCAGGAGUUGGCGGGCAGCAGUCCCCACCGGGAGGCCAGCCCUGGGCCCGGUGCUAAGGAAGCCGGGCAGGGUAAGGACCUGCAGGAGGAGGAGGCCCCCGAGGAGCGAGAAAGCACAGAGGCAGCCCAGGAGCAGCCUGGUGGGAGCGCUGGCAGCAGGGGGACGCCUCUUCCCGGACUGGCAGUGGGGAGCACUCCGCUCUCCCCUCAGGAGGUGACUCUUGCAGACCAGCUCGUCCUGGAUGACCCACGGCCCUGCUCGCCGGAGACCCCUCGGCUUCCCUCCAGUACUGGGGCCAUGCUCUGCACUGGGAGGAGAAGCCAGGCUGGGCAGGAGGUCCUCUCCUGCCCUCAGGCAUCCCCCAGACUUCGGAAGGAGAGGGAGGACCAGGAGGCAGUGGGUGAGCCAGAGGCUUCCAUGCCGGCCUGGGAGGCUUCGGAAAUGGAGAAAUGGCCUGGAACUGUUGAGCCCCCUGCUUCCUUCCUGAGUCCCGUUUCCUCAAGGACCAGAGACGUGGGGAGAACACAGGUAUCUGAGAGAUCAGAUACUCCAGAGAGCUGGUUGCUGGCAGGCAGAGCUGCGGUGAAGACAGGAAACAGAAAGUCCCCUGUCCGUGAAUCUCCUUCGUCAGGAAUUGACACCUCAGAGACUUCUUCCAAAGCCCCUAGGGGAGGUCUGGCUAAGGACAGUGGAAACCAGGGCAAGGGUCCAGCGGGAGAGCCGCACCCGAAGGCCACAGAAGCUACAGUCUGUGCCAACAACAGCAAGGUCAGCUCCACUGGGGAGAAGGUGGUCCUGUGGACAAGGGAAGCUGACCGCGUGAUUCUCACCAUGUGCCAGGAGCGAGGAGCACAGCCCCAGACGUUCAGCAGCAUCUCCCAGCAGCUGGGAAAUAAGACCCCCACCGAGGUUUCCCACCGUUUCCGAGAACUCGUGCAGCUCUUCCACACGGCCUGCGAGGCCAGCUCCGAGGACGAGGAGGACGCGACCAGUACGAGCAACACAGACCAGCUGUCAGACCGCGGGGACCUUCUGUCCGAGGAGGAGAUGGACGGGUGACUGGGCGCGCGUGCCCGUCGUCUGCACCUCCUGCCCCCGCCGGCCCCCCGAGGGAGGGCGCUUGUACUGUGCCGGGCUGCCCCUGAGCUCGGGACACAGAGCCGCAGGGGCUGAGGGCAAGGACAGAGGCAGACCGGGGGCUGGGCAGCCGUGCCCGCGUAGGCGUCGCUCAAGGUCUUCAGAAGCUACGUGU